CUUGUCAAAGAGACAAAAAUAGGGCCUCAAUAUUUGUGUGAAAAAAUAAGGUGGGUAAUAAACGUUUCUUGAUCACACCUACAACGACCACCAACACUAAGUUCAACUCCUACGCUAUCAAUUCUCUCUCUUUUUGGCUCAUAGAAUUAAAAAAGACAAAAAAUUAAGAAUUUUCCUUUAUUUUCAUCUCUCUGUUUUUGGAUGAGUUUUUGAAAGUUGAAAGUGAUAUAUAUGGAGGUAAAUAAGCAGAAGAUGGAAGGGAUUCUUGAGGGAUUUUCACCAGUUACUUCAACUCCUGUUUUCUGGAAGUCAAGGAAACGAUCUGCCAGUGUGAAGAACUUGGACAACCAAGUCACUGCUAAAGCUGAUGAAACACCUCAAAAGCAAGAAGAGUCUUCAGCUGAUGAAAAGAUGCAGGAAUCCCAACCCUCUACUGAACUUACUGAGCGUAGGAAGGCGCUAUUUGAACCGUUGGAGCCAGUUACGAAUGCAAAUGGUCGAAGGCCGUCAGCUGAAUCUUUGCUACCCCCACCAGACUUUGACGCUGCUUGCUACCCCAAAGGUUGGCUUGCUGGAAAGAGACGGAAGCUUGUAAAUGUGGAUGUUGUUGAAAGUAUGCGAAGAAUCGCUCUACAGGAAAUGAAUAGAAAGGAUCGUGAGAUUGACGGUCUGAACGAACAGUUAGAAGCAGAUGCUCAAUGCCUGGAACAUCUGCAAAUACAGCUGCUAGAAGAAAGAAGCAAGCGUGCCGAUGUAGAGAGGCAAAAUGCUACGUUGCAAAGCCAGAUAAAUAUGCUUAUGAAUAUGAUGCAGGACAACGAUGAUGGCAUUGAUGAUGAAGGUACAGAUGAUUCUUAAUUAGUUGGCUUCUUUAUUUUUUUGUAGAUUACUUUAGACAAUUAUAGGACAGAUAUAGAAGGUGGUUGUUGUGCUUUCAAGAUGUAAUAUAUAUCUAUCUGCGAAUGCCGCUAGUGUGAUUCGCACUACUAUUUGCUGUUUAAAAGCGCUACUCCUUGUGUAAGAUGUCAGUGUGUUAAUACUUCCUUUAUUUGAUCUAGUGUAAUGGGCAAGUGGAUGAUGUUCUCAAACCUUAUUACAUUUGGCCUUGUCACCGCCUCUUAACAACGUUAUGACUUUUAUGGUGAAUGGCAACAGUUUCUGGAAA